AUGGCCAGAUCUCCGGCAGAAGACGUCGAAUCGCACUUUUUGGCGAACGACCUAGAAUCGUGCAGAAGUGUGAUUGGUCGGAUCUUUCGCAACAUCGGGGAGUCUUCGAGUAGCAACCAGCAGAGCAGCCGCGACUGGUUCGUCUACUGCGGAGGUGACACCCUCUUCAUCCGCAUUCUCUCCUCGCCGGUCGCGAAUCCUCGCGAAACAGAUCGCGAAGGAGGCUCUUCAGCAGCUACUGAAAGACAGGGAGGCGCAGUUGGAGCGGGAGCGGGAUCUGGCGGAGGGGGAAGAGUUGGCGGGGGGUCGCGGAACCGCCGUGGGAUCUUCCGCACAGAGAGCGCGGAAGGAUCGCGGGAGUCGGGGACGCUCCGAGAGGGGGAGGCGUCGCGCGAGGAGACGGCGCUAUGGAUGAUGCGCAACGACUGCCUGGCGGUGCUGCGCGAGAUGUGCUUCGCGUCCGCGUGCUUCUCCGAGGGGCUGUCCGUGCAGCGCCACUUCCUCAUUCGCCUCUUCGCGCUCAUGGAGAAUAAAAUCACCUUCGACUACGCCGUCGCGCUAGCGGAGGAGAUCCUGGCGGUGGGGGAGGAGACGCUGGAUCUGGGGACGGUGCCCAACUUCGCGCGGCUGGUGCGCGGGCUGUCGGCGCGGCAGCUCUCCUUCUUCUGCCGCGUGCUCGCCAUGGUCGUCUUCGAACCCGAGGACCGCGCGCCCGAGGUCUCCGCGCUGCAGAAGGGCGCGGACCCGGCGGAGCGCGCGGAGCGGGAGGCGGAGUGGGCGGUGGCGGACGGCAAUCACGACGUGCUGCUCGCCAUCCCCGACAUCCUCGCCAACCUCGUCAAGCUGCUGCAGAUGGAGAGCAGCGGCGAGGCGGAGCUGUGGUCGCCCAGCCUGAGCGAGUGGCAGCCGCUGCUGGGCGACCUCAUGGCCGGCGAGGACGAGACCGCCGCCGACUGGGGGCCUGAAGAGGACGACGAGGAGGACUAUAACGAGGACGAGGAGGAGGAGGAGGAGGAGGAGCAGGAGGAGGAAGAUGAGGAGGAAGUAGGCGCGGCACAAGGUGCUUCGGAAGGCGCUGGCGCAGGGGGAGACGGCGGAGAUGGCGGGGCGGAAGCCUCUGGCGCUGCAGGCAGGCAGGCGGGCAGGGGGAGUCUCUGGGGAGGGUUCGGGCUGUUUGGGGGCAUAGGGGGACUUCGUCCAGGGGGAACAGGCGGAGCGGGGGGAGCAGCGCGGGAGGGAAGAGGCGGGGCAGGGGAAGGAGGAGAGGAGCAAGAGCCUGGUCCGGAUGGCGGCGGUGGUGCUGUGGCUGUGAGUCAACGGCAAACUGGUGCUGCUGCACCUGCGGCAGGAGUGGCGCCACGCGGAGCAGCAGAUACCACCCAAGGGCCCUUCUCCCCGCGCUCGCCUCCUGUUGCAGCUCCUCCCCCCCGCAUGCCGCCGCUCCUCCCUCCUUCCCCCCAUGCUGCCGUCCUGCCCUUCUCCCCACAUCCCGCCAUCCUUACAGGAACGUCCACCUCCCCCCCUCGACCACCCCCUAACCGCACUCCACCCACUGCUACCCAACCGGGAGCGCUUCCCCAAGUGAAUACGAUAGGCAUCCCAAUGACCGCCAACCCCCUGAACCUGCUCCCACUCACCGCGCCUGCCAACCCCGCCACUGCUGCAACCACAGCGGAGGCAGCAGGCGCGGGCAUCCCCCCUGGCGCGCGGGUGAUGGUGUUCGUGGGGAACCCACCGCGCCUGCUGGGGGAGGUGCCCGAGGGCGAGCUGGAGCCCUUCCUGCGCGCGCUGCCCCAGGGCGCGGUCACCGUUCUCAGGGCUGGCGAAAUCGGGUUACCAGAGGGCGCAGGGCCUGCUGCUGUGGCGACGAACAUGGCUGCUUCGUUCAUGGAGCAGCAGCAGGUGGAGGUGCUGUUUGUGUUGUGUGCGCUGUGUGGGGGCACGCGCAAGGAGGCGGUGCAGGACCAGCUGGCGGCGCUGGGGCUGGUCGGCAUCCUCGUGGACUCGUUUGACCGCCUCAACUGGUCCGCGCCGCUGCCACCGCCCGCUGAGCCACACGGCAUCCACGGCCCCGGCUGCUCCUGCAACCCCGAGUCGGCCCUGAAGAUCCAGUACCUGCGUCUGAUCCACAACUUCUGUGACCGGGACGGCCCCAACCUGCACAACAAGCUGCUCCUCGCCUCCCCGGGUGGGGUACCACCGCCCCUCGCUGCUGGUUCCUCACCCCGGAUCUCGGGGUCCGGGCGGGCGCUGGGGUUCUCCCCGAACCAUUGGCUGCCUGCCUUGGGGAUGAGAGAUGGCGCGGCGGACUCUGGUGUGUUGCCCCAGGGCGCGGGAGUGGGCGCCAGCAGAGGAGAGGGGAGCAGUGCGGCAGCAGGAGGAACAGAAGCAGCACCAGCAGGAGCAACUGGGGUGGAGGAGGGUGGAAGCAGCGAGGAGGCAAGGAGCGAGGCGCUGAUGCUGAAGAUCAUUCGAGUGCUCAUGAAGGAGUCAGCGGACUCCGUGUACCGCUUCUGGCUGGCGUCGUGUGUGGAGGCCUUCCUGCGCGGCUCCAACCCGCGCGACCAGCACCUCGUGGCCGCCACGGGCCUCAUGGAGCACCUCGUCGAGGAAAUCCUCCGAGGCGCAUCGGGCUUUAAGUGCGCGGCGUCGCUGCAGAUCGACUUUGACCUGCUGGGCGAGCUGGUCAAGUUCAACCCGGGGUUGUUCCGGCGCCUGGCAGCGCUGGUGCAGGGGGAGCGGUUUGCGCGGUUCAUAGAGGUGCUGGUGGCGCACCUGGUGGACUCCAACGUCUUCAUCCGCUCAGUCAUGCUCUCCCUCCACGCCUUCCGUACUGGUCUCCCCACCCCGCCCUACCUCGGCCCCUGCCCCACGCCCCCGCUCCCUCCUCCUGUGCUGUCCCCUGCGCUCCCAUCCACGUCCGCCGCACCGCCCGCUGCCCCAUCACUAGCUGCGUCCUCCUCCAAGCCCUCCUCCUCAAGCCCUGCGCCUGCCCUGCAGUCCUCUUCCGCUGCUGCUGCGUCUGGGGAAGAGGAGGCAAGGAAGGAAUCGAGACUUGCUGCUGAUGGUAGUGAUGCUGAUGCUGGUGACAGCAGGAGUGGUGGUGAUGGUGAUGGUGGCGAUGCUAACAGCAGCUCAGGCGAUGCCGCGAACAGAAGGGGCAGGGAGGGAGAAGAGGAGUCGGCGUUCAAGGGCGCACCCCCAUGUGCCUCACCACUUGGGGUCGCUGAAGCCUCAUCAGCAGCACAGACAGCAGCAGACAGGAAGGGGAAGAAAAAAGUGGAAGAAGUGGGAAGGAGUCCGGAGAGAGGGGGCGUGUGGGAUUCAAAGGGGAAGGCGAAGGGGAAGGCGGUGAUGGGGGAGGGGUCAGUGGAGGAGGAGGGGGAGGAGCUGGCAUCACCGCUGGCAGCGUUCAUGGAGUGUAACUCGGUGCUGCUGCUGCGCGACCUCAUGCUCGUCGUGCGACUAGGGGACAUCAACCAGGACAACAUAUGUGUGCUCAACACAGCCCUCAUCUUCUUCAUCUUCGCCAAUCGCAACGCGCAGCUCCUCUCUCUGCUCGCCGCCCUGCGAGCCCUUGCCGCCGACAAGGCCCAACCUGCAUCCCUUGCCGCUUCCACCACCCUCCUCCAACCCUCCUCCCCUUCCUCUCCUGCUUCCACGUCCUCCCCUUCAUCCUCCUCGCCCUCCUCCUCGCCCUCCUCACGCUCACCCUCUUUCCUCUCCAAGCCUCCAACUUCUGCUCUUCUCAACCCCUCUCUGCUGCCCGACCCGGUUUCUUCCACGUCUGAUGAUUCGUCCUCCGGGGUCGGCCCGGGCAGCGUCAUGAAAAACUUUCGGGCGCUGCUGGACUUUUGGCGGGAGUAUUAUCUGAGGAAGAGGGGCAGGGACUGUGCCAGCCUGCAGUUCUCCACCAACAUUCCCUUCACCGAGUGGCUCCGAGUGGUGGAGAUGCUUUGUGCUCCGCCUGACUGCCCGACAUCGCUUUUGUACUGCCCGCCACUGCCAGCUAGUGGCUCGCAGUGCUCCUCUGUUGGGCUCAGGGUCGACCCCCCUCCCCGACGGUGCUGA